AUGUAUCUACGAACCCUAUUCCUCCGACGCCUGAGCACAAAACCGCCUAGCAACCCUCAUGCCACUCAGCGUUUGUCCCUGCCGCCCUUGGAGUAUGGCUACCUUGACUACGAGCCCGCCAUCCGCAACGAUAUCAUGUUGCUCCACCACACGGAACACCACCAGGCUUACGUCACUAACUACAAUAAAGCCUUGGACCAGCUCGAUAGCGCCACCGCUAGCGGCGAUGCCUCUGCCGUCGUGAAGUUGCAGGAGGCCCUCAAGCUCAACGCAGGAGGGCACAUAAAUCAUUCACUAUUCUGGAAGUGCAUUGCUCCUUGCCGUGAAAGGGGCGGCGAGCCUCCGAGGGAUGGUUUAUGCUGGGCUAUUAAGAAAAACUUCGGAUGCUUGGAAUCUUUAAAACAGAAGAUGACUACAGAAGCUGCAGCAUUGCCAGGUUCCGGGUGGGUGUGGCUUGGUGUGGAUUGCCAAAAUAUCAAGCGUCUAAUAGUUGAGACAACUGCAAAUGAUGAUCCACUGGUCACUAAAGUGCCUACUUUGGUUCCUCUGUUAGGAAUUGAUGUCUGCGAGCAUGCAUACUAUUUACAGUAUGAGAAUGCGAGAGAAGACUAUUUGAAGAAUAUAUGGAAAGUCAUAAGCUGGAGAUAUGCUAAUGAAGUUUAUAAAAUGGAGUAUCUUUCUCUCUACCACGGGGACAAUAUAUUUGGAGACAAAUGA